AUGGUGGGGCUUCAAGCUAUCAAAUACCAGAGGGGCAAUCUCCAGGUUUUGGAUCAACUGAGGCUGCCACAUGAAUUUGUAUAUGAUGACGUUUUUACUUGCGAGGAGGCUUUUGAUUGCAUCAAGGCUAUGCGCGUAAGAGGUGCUCCGGCCAUUGCCAUUGUUGCCGCACUUGCGCUUGCAGUGGAAUUGGAGCAGAAGAAAGAUGGGGCGAGCAAUUCCCAAGAAUUGGUCAAGUAUAUCAAUUCCAAACUAGACUAUCUCAUGGGUAGUCGUCCGACAGCGGUUGAUCUCUCCAACGCAAUCAAACUACUCAAAAGCCGAACGCAAAACGCAGCAUCAAACAGUACAAGCGAUGAAGCUGCAUCGUGUGCUAACGUGCGAACCGUUUUUAUUGAGGUUGCUGAGAAAAUUCUGGAAGAUGACUAUACCACCAAUCUGGCCAUUGGUAGAUAUGGUGCGGAAUACUUGAGGAGGCAACAGAGAGCUAUUGUCACACCAGUCGACGCGGAGGCAGAGUUGAGGUACUACACGACGAGUCCUCCUGGAACACAAGGUUUGCCAGAUCGGACAUAUCGAAAACUGAGUGUGCUAACGCACUGCAAUACGGGGUCACUUGCAACUUCAGGUCAUGGCACGGCACUGGGUAUAAUUCGCAGUUUGCAUAAGAUGAAUUAUCUUGAUCAUGCAUAUUGUACCGAAACCCGCCCUUAUAAUCAAGGCUCUCGUCUCACAGCUUUUGAAUUGGUCUACGAAGAAAUCCCUUCAACCCUCAUAACGGACUCCAUGGCAGGUGCACUGUUUCACCGAAAGAAGGAAGAGAUGAACAUCUCUGCAGUUAUUGUUGGAGCUGACCGUGUUGCCCGGAAUGGAGAUACCGCGAACAAGAUUGGUACCUAUCAGCUUGCUGUACUUGCCAAAGCGCACGGUAUAAAAUUUGUGGUGGCAGCUCCCACCACCAGUAUUGACCUCGAAACCGAAUCUGGUGACUCUAUCAAAAUUGAAGACCGCGCCAAGAACGAACUUACUCAGAUUACGGGCGCUGUUGUCGGCAAGGACGGAAAGGUCGAUGUCAAUCACACAGAAAGAGUCGCCAUUGCAGACCAAAGAAUCAACGUUUGGAACCCAUCCUUCGACGUAACGCCCCACGAUCUGAUCGACGCUAUCAUAACUGAGAAAGGAGAAGUUGUCCGCAGCUCUAAAGGAACAUUCGAAUUUAAGCCAAUCAUGCCAGAAAGAUGGGCAUCCCAGGUAGAAGGCCGACAAGUGAACGGUGAUGACGAUCGACGCGACGACGGCACCCAGUUUCAGAUGGAGAAUAUCUAA